UUACCACUUUAACCAUCCAAUAUCUUAACAUACCCCCCAAGUCCCAUCCAUUUUAUCCAAAACCAUCCAUCUCAUCCCACUUUCUACUUAUCCUGUUUCUCUGUCUUGCAGUGACAACUUGUACUUUUUGCAUCCACAGUUGUACUUUUUAUCUGGGUGUGUGCUGCUUUGAAAGCUUGUACCUUUUGCUUCUUGUGUUGUACCUUCCUUUACAAACCAAUCAUGAUCCAUCAAAAAAAAGACAAAUCCCCAAUGCAAAGAUCCGAACUCGAAAGCAUAGAGAUCGAGCUCUCGGAAGCCAAGAAAGCCGUACGCGAAUUAUCCUUAAAGAUCGAAGAAGCGAAUUUGAGGUCUCGAGGAUUACAGAGAAAACCGAAAUGGCGCCAACAAGAGGACACAGAAACAUCUGUAAAAACCGAAGAUGUUCGAUACACAGAAGUGAUGAACGAACUCGAACAUAUGAAACAAGAAAUGCAAAAACUAAAGGUAGAUAUGAUGCGUGUGAUGAAGGAGAAACGACACGCCGAGAGAGCAACAAAAGCGUCGAAUUCGAAACGGUCGACACUUUUGGCGUCUAUGGAAUUGAUGAAGAAAGAACUGCAAGAGCUUGAUGAGGAGCAAACGAUUGUCGAAUUCGCUCGAAUUGAAGCGGUUAAAGAAUGUGAAUCGAUUGAAUUGGAUAGAGAAGAAGAGGCUAAAAAGAAGGAGAUGCAAAUGACAUUGUAUGAUGUGAAUUUGGUGAAGCAAGAAGGGUCUCCGAUGAAUUCGAUAACCGAUGAGUUAGCGGGUGCGAAACGGGAGCUUGCGUUGGUUAAAGGAGAAGGGGUUAGAUUCAAAACAUCCAUGGAUGUGAUUCGAGACGAGUUGAUUCAUGUUCGAGCUGAAACGGUUCGAUUACAGGAAGCAGAACAGAAACGGGAGGUAACGGUUCAAAGCCUGAACUCGAAGAUUUUACGGGCAAAGGCGAAACUAGAAGCUCUUGUAUCCGCUGAAUCAAAGACCAACGCGGUUGCAUCGAAUCUAGCGGUGACACUCGAACAGUUAAAAGCAGAAGCCGAAACAACAAAGAAAGAUAGAGAUGUUAUUAAUGAGGAAGUUGAAACCAUGAAGGGGGAGAUUGAGAAAACCGAAUACGAAAUCGAUGUGGCAGAGGAUAGAUUAGAUGCAGCAAUGGAGGAACUGAAAGCAAUCAAAUCAUCAGAAUCUAAAGCUUUGGGAAAUUUAAGGAAUCUGAUUAAUACAGCAGUGGAAGGUAGAGAUACGGCUAGUAAAGAUCGUUCGAUGAUAACGAUCACCGACUUCGAAUACGAAUACUUAACGGGGAAAGCAGGCGGGGCUGCGGAGCUUUCCGAUAAGAAAAUUGCGGCAGCACAGGCAUGGGUGGAGGCUUUGAAGGCAAGUGAAAAGGAGUUACUGAUGAAAAUUGAGAGGGCAGAAAGAGAGAUUAGCGAAUUAAGUAUUGAGGUCGACCCGGAAGCCGAUGUAGAGGGUGCGGACACCGGGUUACCCGUAAAGGUUGUGGCUUCACCACGGAGAUCGGUGACCAAAGUCAGGAACAAGGUGUCGGUUAAACGGGUUAGUUUGCAAAAGGUCCGGACUCCGGGGGCCCGGAACUCGGGUAAGUUGGGUUCGGUGAAGAGAGAAAAAAUGGUGCCGAAUCUAACGAGGUUGUUUAGCAAGAAAAACGUUGCGAUGGAUGAAGGAGUGGUUUGAUGAUGAAGGUUUCUUGGCAUUGUGUAAGUUGAAUAAUGAUUGUGUGUGUGGAUGUAUAGGGUUAGAAGAGUUCAUAAAUUUGUCAUUAAGGUUUUUUUGGGUUAAUUGACUAGUAUCGUUUUUGUUUUCCAGGUCACUAAAAAACGGUUAAAUAAGACGUUUUGUCAAUAUACGAAACAACUUAUUUAACAUGUUUAGUGACCUAAAUUGUAAAUUUAAAGGAUGUUCAUGUCGCAAAAAAUG